CUCAUUGAAUUUUUGGCGAAAUGUUGACAGAGUGACACAUCUCUACAUCCUGCUAUCCUCAAUCAUUAAACCCGGAACUUUGUCUCACAGGCCUGACGAACUAUUUCAGACCUGCAUUUAAAGAAAAUCAACAUUUAAAUUCUAAGAAGUAUUAUACUCCUUAAAUUGGGCAGCUGUUGUGUUUCGUUGUUAUUUAUCUACUAUAACCUUAAUUUAUCUACAAUAACUUAAGAGUUGAAUUCUCCUGACAGUCUCAGUGCGGGGCUAGAAGGACACAUCUCGGCGGUUGGUAACAGUAAAACCAGUCCGCCGUCAACUUCCGCCGGGUCCACCUGCCUGGAAUGUGAAUGUAUCCGUCCCAAUGAAGGUGAGGGAGGCUCCUGUCUGCUCCGUGGUUACCUGAAACACCUGGACCUCUGUGGUGUUUACACACACACACAGCUUCUCGGCCGCCCCCAGCCGCAGAGAGGUGAAAUCCCAGCCGAUACAAGGAUGAAGGGGCUCACGGUUCUCUCCCUGCUCCUGUGGCUGUGCGCGGCCUACUUCGUGGGCAUCUACCUCUUCGUGGGCGGCUUCCUGCUGGUGAGGCUGGAGGUGAACCGGACCAGCGCCUGCGGGGACGUCCUGCAGCCCGGAGCGGAGUCGGCGGACUUCUGCCGGGGUCCCCCCCGGUUCCGCAGGGUCGUCGUCCUCAUCAUCGACGCCCUGAAGAUCGACUUCGCCCGGUUUGACCCCACCAAGACGGCGCCGCGACCUUACGAGAACAAGCUGCCCGUGCUGGAGGAGACGGUGUCGGCCAGGCCCGCGCAGAGCCGGCUGUACCCGUUCAGAGCCGACCCUCCCACCACCACCAUGCAGAGGAUCAAGGGCUUCACCACGGGCUCCCUGCCGACCUUUGUGGACGUUGGCAAUAACUUUGCCUCCAGCGCCAUCUUGGAGGACAACCUUAUCCACCAGCUGGGGCAGAUGGGUAAACGUGUCGUGUUUAUGGGCGACGACACCUGGGAAAACCUUUUCCCUAAAAAGUUCUACCGCUCUCUGCCGUUCCCGUCCUUUAACGUCAAAGACCUGGACACCGUGGACAACRGCAUCCUGCAGCAUCUCUACUCCACCAUGAUGGGGGACGACUGGGACGUUCUGCUGGCCCAUUUCCUGGGAGUGGAUCACUGUGGGCACCGGUUCGGACCCGACCACCCGGCCAUGGCCGACAAGCUCACCCAGAUGGACGGCGUCAUCAGGUCGGUGAUGGAGCGUCUGCAGGACGACACCCUGCUGGUGGUGAUGGGCGACCACGGCAUGACCGACACCGGAGACCACGGAGGGGAGAGCCAGAAGGAGACGGACGCUGCGCUCUUCCUCUACAGCCCGUCCGCCAUCUUUCCUGGACCGCCGACUCAGGAUGAGCCGGACGUCGUCCCACAGACUGACCUGGUUCCCACUCUGGCCCUGUUACUGGGCGUCCCGAUCCCGUUCAGCAGCGUGGGUCAGAUCCUGCUGCCCCUGUUCCCCCCGCAUGAGCCAACGCAGGGCGCAGGGAGGCGACUCGGCCAGCUGGAGGCGCUGUGGAUCAACACCAAACAGGUCCACCGGUUCCUGGACACCUACUCGUCUCUGUCCACUGACAUCCCUCCAGAGCGUCUCUCUGAGCUGACCGCCUCCUUCUCCCUCCUCUCCUCUGAUUACCUCGGCUCGGUCGGCGCCGGGCGGCCGCCGCCGCCUCACCUGGCCUCCUCGCUGCAGGCCUACCUGACCUCCGUCAGGGACACCUGUCGAGCCACGUGGGCCAGAUUCAACCCGGCCAAGAUGGCGGCCGGCCUGGCCGUCCUCACGUUCGCCUGCUUGGCGUGUUUGGUGAUGUCGGAGCUCUCCGCCGUGCUGACRGAGGAGAAGCAUGCGGGACUGAAGGGUCCGGUUGCCGCGGCGAUAACCGUCGGGGUCGCUGUCGCCGCUGCUCAGCUGGUUGCCCGCGGUUACGUGGAGGCGGCGUGGUGUCUGGCGGCGGGCGCCUUCGCCUCGGAGGCGCUCUUCCUGUGGAGGGCGUGGCGACUGAACCGGCAGGUCGUUUUAAAGAACGGAGCCAAAACGUGGAGGCUGUCGGCGCGCUGCCUGCUGGCGCCGUCCCUCGCCGUGCCGCUCCUCCGCUGCGCCUCGCUGCUCUCCGACAGCUACGUCAUCUACGAAGGCCGGGUCGUGACCUUCCUGCUGCUSUCUCUGGCGCUCUACGUYCCCCUGCGCCUCAACUGGGACGGACAUCUCGUCCCUCUGACCUCUGACCCGCUGAAGCCGGCGGGGCUGCUGCCCUCGCCGGCGCUGACCCCGGCCGCCGUGAGGAAGGAGAGCAGCUCUCUGAUUGGCUGCCUGGGCGUGCUGGUGCUGUGCGCCUGCGUCUCGCUGUGGUUCCACGGCUGCAGGGAGGAGCAGGGCGGCUGCUCGCCGUCGCCGUUCCUCUCGCCGCUGUCCCGCCUGCAGGACAGCCAGCUGAAGAACCUCUACUACAUCCUGUCCGUCGCCUCUCUGGGCGUCUGCGCCUUCCUGCUGCGGCUCUGGCUGUGUCACCACGGCAACCUGAACUCGUCGGGCGGGACGGCGUUCGCGGCGCGCUGGGUCCUGCCGCUGCUGUGCGUCUGCGCCGGCCUGCAUUGGGCCGUCGGCGCCGCGCCGCAGGGCGGCUUCAGGAAGCUGGCGGAGCUGAUCCGCGUGGCGCAGCUCGCCCUGCCCAGAGCCGCCUUCGCGCUGCUGGGCCUCGGCCUCGCCCUGAUCUGGGCCGACCCGCUCACCGUGUUCCUGAAGACGCGGGCCGCCGCCUCGGCCAGAAGCCCCGCCCUGCCGGCGCGCUACCGAGCGAGCACCGCCAUCAGCCCGCAGGCCGAGCUGCGCCACCUGAUCCCGCAGAUCUACCAGCGCAUGCGGCGCUCGCUGGAGGACGGGGAGCUGGGCGGCGGCGAGGAGGACGGGCGGCCCGCCGUGGAGGCGUACGGCCUGGGCACGGUGUACUCCGCCCCGCUGCUGCUGCACUGCGGCCUGCUGGGAGUCGGGCUGCUGCUGCUGCACCCGGAGGGCCUGGCGCUGGCCUUCCUGCUGCUGCUGCUGGAGGCGGCGGCGCUGCUGCACAUCCACGCCGCCGCCGCCAACCUGGGCGGGUCGCCUGCAGCCAGCACAGGCGUUUUCGGCGUCGCCUGGACUCCAGUGGUUCUCUGGUCGCUGGCCGCCUCCCAGUUCUUCCACUCCACUGGUCACCUGCCCACCUUCCCGUCCAUCCAGUGGGGCGCCGCCUUUGUGGGGUUUCCAGAUGGACACAGCGGCACCUUCCUGCCCGCCUGCCUGGUCACUCUCAACACGUUCGCCUCACACAUCCUGUUCGCAGUGGGCUGCCCUCUGCUGCUGUUCUGGCCUCUGGUGCGGGAGGUCAGGGGGGUGAAAGGUCAYGGCGAGGAAGGCGAAGACGCCGUGAUGGAAAUGCGCCUGAGAGAGAAACCGCAUCAGUUCAGCGCCGCGCUGCUGCAGCUGUCAGCGCGAUACGUCUUUAUUCUGGGAGCUCAGGUGUUUUCUUCAGUCUGUGCUGCUGCUAUUCUCAGGAGACACCUGAUGGUGUGGAAGGUUUUUGCACCCAAGCUGCUGUUUGAGGCGUCUGGSUUCGUGGUGAGCUGCUGCUUCCUGCUGAUCGGAGUCWCCUUGGUGCUCAGGGUCGACGUCGCCGUGGGUCACUGGUUUAAGAAACUCAUCCCAGACGCCUCCAGGUAGCAACGCCGCCGCCGCCGCCAUGUUGCACAAAAACAUCCAAAACUGAUGGAUUUCUGCACAAACACGUCUGUGGAAAAGUGACUUCAGGACCAGAUCGUUGGGCUUUUCCUCCAAGCUGCCUCACUGAGGGUGAAAUCCUCCCAGCUUCAGCUGGAGCCAUUUAUGAAUGUUUGUUCUGUUUUGGCUGAAACUACGGAAGGAAAACUGCUUCAAAAGUCAUGGUGCCAACUCUGGACUCACUCAGUUCUGGUCACAGGAUCACAUUCAGCACAGAGAGGAAUGUCAUUACUUUCAACUUUUAAUCAUGGAUUUGAUCAUUCAACUUCCACAUUCAGCCUUAUGGAAGACUGAUCAUGUCAAAACUGGAAAUACAUACAAUGAAAUUGGUUUCAUAAGGUMAUUAAAUUGUCUAAUAUUGUUUCCAAAAAAUAAAAAUUGUCCAAACUUAUUUAAUUAGAAUGUGCCAUCAAUCAUUGCUAUUAUUAAUUUUAAAGUUUACUUCCAAAGGGUUUCYUUUUUUUGCAUUAUUUUUUCAUCUCCUGUAUUUUUUCAAAUGUUUAUUUUACCUAGGUCCUCUAAUAUUUCCUCUUUGUAUUUUUUUCCCUUCUUGUUUUACAAUAUUUGGCACUUUAAUUACUUUAUUUGCAUAUUUUCAAUUAUGGCACAAUCAGUCCUCCAUAUAGGCGUGCAGACGUAAAAAUUAAUGGUGGAUUUUCUCUAAAAAUUCAACGUAAAUAUCCGAACAUAAAUGUUCAGGUAUUUAUGUUUGUGCCUUUAAUAAAGCUCAACAGUUUUAUUAAAAGCACAAUAAAGCUGUUGUGCUUUUAAAUAAAACACAARAGCCUACAAAGAGGAGAACCAAACUUAUUCCUACUUUGUAUGUAUUUGACAUUUAGACAUAAAAUGAACAUUAAAUGAUUUAUUUUGCGCCAGAACUUUUAUUUGGUGCGUUCGUUCCUCCCAGGAUGUGAACCUGGAGCCUGGACUGACCGAGUUAAACCUCCAGCCAUUAAAACACAUUUUUACCGUCUGCUGAAGGGAUUUCUUAUUGAGUUUUUUAUUAUAUUUAGUAUUUUUUCAGAACAAAUAACCAGCCAGUCUAACCUGAAUGUUUGUAAAUUAAUAAUUAUUUUUUGCCUUUUUCUUGGUUCUAAUGUAAUUUGGGUUGCAGGAAUCAUUCAGUUGGUUUAUUCCUGUUGAUCSGGUUCAAGCUCAGGUUGAUGACAUCACUACAGGGGAUGUUUCUGAUUGGCUGUGAGAUGAUGGGACAUUUUUAUUUAUAAAAYUGAUUGUGUUUGAGAUGACUAUCUGGUUAACAGGUGAUGAUUUUGCAUACUGUAAAAACUAAUAAAACUUUUCUACAUCUUG